UUCCCCUGCGCUCUCUGGUUGGACGGGGCGGUGCGUGCUGCAGGCUGCCGGGGCUUGAGGCCCGUGCCACUGCGCGUCUGUGGGAACAGUUCCCUAGGGUUAUUUUCAAGAUGGACUCAACCCUAACAGCAGGUGAAAUCCGGCAGCGUUUUAUAGAUUUCUUCAAGAGAAAUGAACACACCUAUGUUCACUCAUCUGCCACCAUCCCUUUGGACGAUCCCACUUUGCUCUUUGCCAACGCAGGCAUGAACCAGUUCAAACCCAUCUUUCUGAAUACUAUUGACCCAUCUCACCCUAUGGCAAAGCUGAGCAGAGCUGCCAACACUCAGAAAUGCAUCCGGGCUGGCGGCAAACACAAUGACCUGGACGACGUAGGCAAGGAUGUCUAUCAUCACACCUUCUUUGAGAUGCUGGGCUCCUGGUCCUUUGGAGAUUACUUCAAGGAACUGGCAUGUAAGAUGGCUCUAGAACUUCUUACCCAAGAGUUUGGCAUUCCAGUUGAAAGACUCUACGUUACUUACUUUGGUGGGGACGAAGCAGCUGGCUUAGAACCAGACCUGGAGUGCAGGCAGAUCUGGCAAAACUUGGGGCUGGAUGACAGCAGAAUCCUCCCCGGCAACAUGAAGGAUAACUUCUGGGAGAUGGGUGACACGGGCCCAUGUGGUCCCUGCAGUGAGAUCCACUAUGACCGCGUUGGUGGUCGGGAUGCAGCGCACCUCGUCAACCAGGAUGACCCCAACGUGCUGGAGAUCUGGAACCUUGUGUUCAUCCAGUAUAACAGGGAAACCGAUGGCAUUCUGAAACCUCUUCCCAAGAAAAGCAUUGACACAGGGAUGGGCCUGGAGCGACUGGUGUCCGUGCUGCAGAAUAAGAUGUCCAACUAUGACACUGACCUUUUCGUCCCUUAUUUUGAAGCCAUCCAGAAGGGCACAGGUGCUCGGCCGUACACGGGGAAAGUGGGUGCGGAGGAUGCUGACGGGAUUGACAUGGCCUACCGAGUGCUGGCUGACCACGCUCGGACCAUCACUGUGGCCCUGUCCGAUGGCGGCCGACCUGACAAUACGGGGCGGGGGUAUGUGUUGAGACGGAUUCUCCGCCGGGCUGUUCGAUACUCUCAUGAGAAGCUCAACGCCAGCAGGGGUUUCUUUGCUACGUUAGUAGACGUUGUUGUCCAGUCCCUGGGAGAUGCGUUUCCUGAGCUGAAGAAGGACCCAGAUAUGGUGAAGGACGUCAUUAAUGAGGAAGAAGUGCAGUUUCUCAAGACGCUCAGCAGAGGGCGUCGUAUCCUGGACAGGAAAAUUCAGAGCCUGGGAGACAGCAAAACCAUUCCUGGGGAUACCGCUUGGCUCCUCUAUGACACCUACGGGUUCCCCGUGGAUCUCACUGCACUGAUUGCUGAGGAGAAGGGGCUGGUGGUGGACAUGGAUGGCUUUGACGAGGAGAGGAAACUGGCCCAGCUGAAAUCACAGGGCAAGGGAGCUGGUGGGGAGGACCUCAUUAUGCUGGACAUUUAUGCAAUUGAAGAGCUCCGGGAAAAGGGUCUGGAGGCAACGGAUGAUUCCCCGAAGUACAGUUACCAUUCGGACUCCAGUGGGACCUACGUGUUUGAGAGCGCAGUGGCUACAGUGAUGGCUCUGCGCCGGGACAAGAUGUUCGUGGAAGAAGUGUUCACGGGCCAGGAGUGUGGAGUGGUGCUGGACAAGACCUGUUUCUACGCUGAGCAGGGAGGGCAGAUCUACGACGAAGGGUACCUGGUGAAGAUCGACGACAGCAGCGAAGACAAAACUGAGUUCACAGUGAAGAACACUCAGGUCCGAGGAGGGUAUGUGCUGCACAUAGGAACACUCUACGGCAGCCUGAAAGUGGGGGACCAGGUCCGGCUGUUUAUUGAUGAGCCCCGAAGAAGGCCUGUCAUGAGCAACCACACGGCCACUCACAUCCUGAACUUCGCCCUGCGCUCUGUGCUGGGGGAGGCCGACCAGAGAGGCUCCCUAGUUGCGCCUGACCGCCUUCGCUUUGACUUCACUGCCAAGGGAGCCAUGUCCACCCAGCAGAUCAAGAGGGCUGAGGAGAUCGCAAAUGAGAUGAUCAAGGCAGCCAAGCUGGUCUAUACCGAGGAUUGUUCUCUGGCAGCAGCUAAAGCCAUCCAGGGCCUGCGGGCUGUGUUUGAUGAGACCUACCCUGACCCUGUGCGAGUCGUCUCCAUUGGGGUCCCAGUGUCUGAGCUGCUGGACGACCCCUCCGGUCCUGCUGGCUCGCUCACUUCUGUUGAGUUCUGUGGGGGAACACACCUGCAGAAUUCAAGUCACGCAGGAGUGUUCGUGAUCGUGAGUGAAGAAGCUAUUGCCAAGGGCAUCCGGAGGAUAGUUGCUGUUACAGGGGCUGAAGCCCAGAAGGCCCUCAGGAAAGCGGAGAGCCUGAAGAAAUCUCUCUGUGUUAUGGAGGCCAAAGUGAAGGCCCAGACCGCGCCGAACAAGGACGUGCAGAGAGAGAUCGCGGACCUUGGGGAGGCCCUGGCCACUGCCAUCAUCCCUCAGUGGCAAAAGGAUGAAUUCCGGGAGAAUCUCAAGUCCCUGAAGAAGGUCAUGGAUGACCUAGACCGGGCUAGCAAAGCCGACGUGCAGAAGCGGGUGUUGGAGAAGACGAAGCAGCUCAUCGACAGCAGCCCCAACCAGCCCCUGGUCAUCCUGGAGGUGGAGAGCGGCGCCUCGGCCAAGGCUCUGAACGAGGCCUUGAAGCUCUUUAAGAUGCAUUCCCCCCAGACGUCCGCCAUGCUCUUCACAGUGGAUAACGAGGCCGGCAGGAUCACCUGCUUGUGUCAGGUCCCCCAGAAUGCAGCCAACCGGGGCCUGAAGGCCAGUGAGUGGGUGCAGCAGGUGUCAGGCCUGAUGGAUGGCAAAGGCGGUGGCAAAGAUGUGUCUGCUCAGGCCACGGGCAAGAAUGUGGGCUGCCUGCAGGAGGCGCUGCAGCUGGCCACCUCCUUUGCCCAGCUGCGCCUGGGAGAUGUGAAGAACUGAGAGGGAAGGGCAGGUCCGCCAGGAGGCAUCUCCCCCCGCUCCCCGACCCAGGCAUACCCAUCCAGCCAGGAGCUCUCCUUCCAUCACAAGGACGUUUGAAUCUUGAGACCUUUAAACAGUCCCGUCUGUCCUAACCCAGCAGUAACCAGAACUUCACCUGAGAGCCAGCCUGUGACUCAACGCCCAUGUUACAUUUCUGCCCUGAGCACAUCCGUGCCAUCCACCUAGAACUACUACCCCAGGAUUGCUUUUUCAUCAUCACUCUUGUGUCUGUAGAGAGUUCUUUGCAGACUCAGUGCUAUGGGCCUCAAGGGAAGAAUCAUUUUUUGCUGCAGAGAAUAAAAAGGCCACGUGCAAUACUUG